UAUGUAGUCAUGACUUUUUAAAACUUUCUCUCCCACACAGGUGCUCUAAGUCAUCUGACCUGCCUGCAAAUCCUGUUUCUUCACAACAACUUGAUCAGAGGGUCGGAGGACACAAUGCACGAGCUCAGGAGGAUGCAGCAGCUCCAAAAUGCCACUUUUUUCCUCAAUCCCAUCUCUCAUGAACUUGGCUAUCGCCAACAUGUAAUCCAUCGCCUGCCCUCACUCCAGAUCUUAGAUGGAAAAGAAGUGAAGCCAGCAGAGAGGAAGACGUCGUUCCAGAUUUACAGUCAGGAUUGUCACCGCAUCCUCCAGUCUGUGGCUUUUGGAAGAUGCCAGUGAUAGCUUCCUAACUUCCUAUGCAAGUUCAGUCAUUACACAGUGCAAAGUUUCUCCUCCAUUCUCAUUAUUUCUGUGAUAUGUUCAAAAUAGAGCAAAAGGUGCACUGCAAACGUAAAUUUGAAUAGCCUAAAGUACCAGUAAACCAAAACAGUGAAGGAUUGAGACAAAAAAAAGAGCUACAACUGAAGAUUUCCCCCAAGACCAAUAACAAUCACAGGAAGUAAAAAUAAAUCUGAAAUACCCCAAAAUGUUAUUUGACACAAAGUGAGCCACAGAUGACCCCAGAGAUGAAAAGAAAUUAAAACAAAUGUCAAACAGAAUAAAAUGCAAAAUGAAAUGAUAGAUGCAAACUGGCAGUAACAGUUUGUACAGUCAUCUUAAGUGUGCACUAAACAAGAGAGUUUAAUGGGUUAAUGGACAGGAGAAUGUGGUUUAUUGUCUGCUGAACAGGAUAUACUCAGACUUUAUUUCAAAUCAGUAGGAAGCGUCGCAUUUUAACCAGUUCUUUCCUGGACAACAUACUCGGAACUACAGAUUCCUUGUAAAAGAUAUUUCCAUGCUCUUUCACAUGCGUCACUUCUGGAUGUUAAAUACUACCAAUGGAAACCAUACAGUAAAGUUACAGCAGCACAAACAAUGUGAGUCACAUGUAUACUUAGUGAUGCAG